CACGAGAAGCACAACGGAGCGUAGCGCGCUUUGGAGCUACGGAAGCAAAGGCGGUCAGACAGGCCGACGAGCGACGACAGAUUCGAUUGGAAUUGAAAUUGAGGUUCGGCGUGGACUGCAAUUGCAGCGGAGCUUUUAAUGUAUGAGGAGUUGUCGAGGCGGGACGGCUCUGCGCGCUAGUCGAUCCAUGCAGAGAUUCCAUAACAGAUGAAUAUUUGGUGCUGCAUGGACUGUUCGUCUCAUUUGGGUAACGGAAUCUCGUAUUUGUAAUCUUCACAGAAAGUUGAUGUUUUCUGGAAGGCCCGAAAGUCUAUGAUGAAAACGGGGCCAUGGUCCUGUUGUGGCCCUUGCGAGCGAAGGAGUUUUCGAUUGUAGCAACGCAGCGCGGAAUGAGUCUGGUGUAUGCCAUCAGUUGAUUGGGUUGUAGCUUGGAGCGUGAUCAGCUGUUGCAGACUAGCAUCGAUUGUCAGCUUCAACUGUUUGGGCAAGCUCGAGAAAAGAGAGACGAAGAAAGGAGGGAAUAUCUGACGGGAAUCGUCGUGCUCCAGCCAUGGCGGGGAAAAGGAAAGCAGAAGGAAUUGCACUGCUUUCUGUGUACGCGGGUUCUGAUGAUGACGACGACGCAGCCUCAGAGUCUUCUGAUGAGGAAGAGGAGAACCAGAGAGAAAACGAGCAGGAGGUCGGUGCUCCAUUAGCAGCGGACGUAACGAGCGGAGACGUUGUUGGAGCCGUUUCUGCACCACGCGCUGGCGUCCGUGUUGCUGCUUCCGGGCUUGGAAUUGUAGACUACGCACAUGACGAGGCGGCCGCUUCUCCCGAACCUGGCGAGGAUGUUGAGGCUGACAACGAUGGAAGGCCGCCAGAAAGUGAACUCGAGGUCGAUAACGGAAAUUUGCAAGUUAGUCCGAACGGCAUCGAUGCCUCGACUCCCAGUAAAGUGACGACGCCGAAGUUGGAAGGUAACCUAGAUGGAUCAGGAGCAAUUCAAUCUGGUGAGACAGCAAACACGCAAGACGAAUCUGGUGGAGAAGUAGACAAGGAGCAAUCACAGGUCUCAGUCGCGAUGGAGCUUGACGUCUUGCAUGACUUCUUGCCACCAGCUCCCACCGCAACAUAUUCCGAAGAAUUACAAACCAAGUUUUCCAAGUACUUGGCGCUAAAGAAAACUGGUCGUAGUCUUAAUGAGCAACUGCGGAACACCAAAGGUUACCGAAAUCCGGAUUUUCUCCAGCGUGCUGUCAAGUACCACGAAAUUGAUCAGAUCGGAAGCUGUUUCAAGAAAGAGGUGUUUGAUCCUCAUGGCUACGAUCAAGCUGACUACUAUGAUGCUUUAGCUCUGGAACAACGGCGAGAGGCAGAAAGGAAGGAGCAGGAAAGAAAACAGAACCAGAGUCAAAGAGUAGACUUUGUCCGGGGUGGCAUGCAGGGCGGACUUGGUGUCACCAAGCCAACCCUACCAUUGAUACAUAAGAUUGUAACUGUAACGACGAGCACGGAGACAGUUAAGGUGGACGCUCGCUCAAGCAAGAAAAGCAAGUGGGAUAAGGUUGAACUCGAAGGCAGGUCAGCUCAGUCAAUUGCAGCUGACGCUAUAGCUGCUGCAAACGUUCAUGCUGCUUUGCUGUCUGCAAGUGCCAACGCUGGAGCCGGUUACGCCUCUUUUGCGCAACAACGGAGGAGAGAAGCUGAGGAGAAGCUUAGAGCGACAGAGAAAAAUGCUUUGACAAGUAGUAGCAGCAAAGUCGAAAAGAAGCCGCACAAUAGGUCGUAGGUUUUAGGCAAUUUUUUUGUACCAUACCAUCUUAACACCGAAUAAAACUGGAAUUAUGUGGGCAUUUAGGACCAGACAUGGCUGCACCUGGGGACUGUUCGCAAAAUUUCCUCUAGGUUCAUAAGACCUGUUGCAAGGGUUUCAGAGCUACUUAAUCACCUCUUAUUGCUCAUCUUAAUCUAAAUUACGACAAGGAUGUAAGCUGAAAUUUUCUGGAACAUAUGCAGUAAAUACUACAAGGUUCCUCCGU